UCUGGUUGCGAUGAUGAAACUUUUGUGGCUUUGGGAUCGGAUGCUUCUCUUGCUCGUUUAGCUCAAAGAGAAAAGAUAAAGCUUUAUGGAAAAUUUACUCCAAAAAAGGAUUCUGAUAUUGUAUCGAUUGUAUUACCUCUUACAUUGACGGAAAGAAAUGGACAGUCAAUAUUUUUGUAUGAUUCGAGAAUUGCUCGGGCGCGUGAAAAAAAUGCAGUUUUUGUGUUUGCACAUCCAUAUAUGCUUCAACAACUUGCUGGUCAAACAACUUGGACAAUUGGUGCAUCUUUUAAAUUGGCCCCAUCCCCUUUUAAACAUUCUUUUGUUAUUGGAACAAUUGUUAGAGGCCAAUUAA